AUGAAUCACUGUAUUGUGGAAUGGAAACAAGGUGCAACAAGUGGCCAAGUGGUUGCCGGUGGAAAUGGACAAGGAAGUGGAGAUCAUCAAUUGGAUAACCCAACAGAUGUGAUUAUCGACAAAGAGAGAGAUAGUCUCAUCAUAAGCGAUCGUUCGAAUAGAAGAGUGGUUCGAUGGCCUCGUCGAAAUGGGAUAAGUGGAGAAACAAUCAUCUCCAACAUCUUAUGUGUGGGUUUGACAAUGGACGAGAAUGGAUCUCUCUAUGUCACUGAUGUUGGAAGAUAUGAAGUGAGACGAUAUCGAAGAGGAGAAUCUCAAGGAAUAGUGGUUGCAGGUGGCAAUGGAUUUGGAAAUCGUCUUGAUCAACUCUCUUCCUCCUCAUACGUAUUCGUCGAUCGAGAUCAUUCAGUGUACAUAUCUGAUGAGGGAAAUCAUCGUGUGAUGAAAUGGAUGGAAGGUGGAAAACAAGGCAUUGUCGUGGCUGGUGGUCAAGGAUCUGGAAGUGGUCUUACACAAUUGUCAUAUCCUCGAGGAGUCGUUGUCGAUCAAUUGGGCACUGUCUAUGUGGCUGAUUGGAGGAAUGAUCGAAUCAUGCGUUGGCCUAAAGGAACCACACAAGGCAAUGUCAUUGUUGGUGGAAACGGUAGUGGAGAACAAUCGAACCAACUCAAUGGACCCUUCGGUUUGUCAUUCGAUCGACACGGCAAUCUUUAUGUCAUCGAUUGGGGAAAUCUUCGAGUUCAAAAAUUCAACAUCGAAUCCAAUAAAUAA